AUGGCAACACAACUCCAGCCUCUUUGCGGCCGCACAACAUGCCGACUCCUCGUUGAGGGGCUGAAAAUGAACGCCUCCUCCUCCUCCUCCUGCUGCGGUCCUCAUCCCCUCAUGGUGUAUCAGCACGGCUCGGGAUCCGAUGUCAACGCCAGCUGUGACUGGCCGGCCCCUCGCUGCAACUGGACGUCGGCCGACGGGGCCCCGCGGCUGCCGACCUUUUCCACGGCGGCCAAAGUGAGGGUGAUCGUCACCUUCAUCCUGUGCGGGAUUUCCACGCUCUGCAAUCUGGCCGUGCUCUGGGCGGCCAGCGGCCACAAGCGCAAGUCCCACGUGCGCGUGCUGAUAGUCAACCUGACGGCGGCGGACCUCCUGGUCACCUUCAUCGUGAUGCCGGUGGACGCGGCGUGGAACAUCACGGUCCAGUGGCUGGCGGGGGACUCGGCCUGCAGGCUGCUCAUGUUCCUCAAGCUGCAGGCCAUGUACUCCUGCGCCUUCGUGACGGUGGUCAUCAGCCUGGACAGGCAGUCGGCCAUCCUCAACCCUCUGGCCAUCAGCAUGGCGCCCAAAAGGAACAGGAUCAUGCUGACGGUGGCGUGGACAAUGAGUGCUCUGCUCUCGAUCCCUCAGCUGUUUAUUUUCCACAACGUGACCAUCACCUACCCUGCAAACUUCACUCAGUGCACCACCCGAGGGAGCUUCGUCUCGCACUGGCAAGAGACGGCCUACAACAUGUUCACCUUCUCCUGCCUCUUCCUGCUGCCGCUGGCCAUUAUGAUCAUCUGCUACACGCGGAUCUUCAUCCACAUAUCCAACCACAUGACAAAGAAGAUCUUGUCCUCUGAUGAACCACACCUGCGUUGCUCAAAGAACAACAUCCCCAAAGCCCGAAUGAGAACUCUGAAAAUGAGCAUAGUCAUAGUGAUUUGCUUCAUCGUGUGCUGGACUCCGUACUACCUGCUGGGUCUGUGGUACUGGUUCUUCCCCGACGACCUGGAGGGAAAAGUCUCUCACUCCCUCACUCACAUCCUCUUCAUCUUUGGGCUUUUCAACGCUUGCCUGGACCCCAUCAUCUACGGCCUGUUCACCAUAAACUUUCACAGGGGGCUGAGAAACUGCUGCCGCAAAGCCACCAUCAUGUCCGGCCUGAGAUCGGCGAGGGAUUCGGUGAAAUGCGCUUCGGCUUCCUCUCCCUCUAAAGCGGGAAUGGCCACGGGUCACAGAGACAGCAGCUGCAGACAGACUGAGCUCAAAUCCACUCACAGCAGAGUCUGACUGAGUUCAGUCGGAGGAAAAGGAAGAGUAUCAGUGCAGCACCGAGAGCGAAAUAUGAUGAACUAGACAAG